AUGGCAACCCGCUCCUGGCCGCCCUCUCAAACCCGCUCCCCUAUUGAUCAAGGGGACCUGGGACCCUUCCUUCCGUCAGCCGCCCCUGUUGAGCUUGGGGAAGUAUCCCUCAAGCGCGUCACACGCCUCCUCCUUGGCCUCCUUGGCCAAGUCAAACGCCUCGAACGGGAAGUUGGGGAAAUCAAAGAAGCAGGGAUUGAAACCCGCACCAACGUCGAAAAUAUAUCCCAAGCCGUCAAUGUUGUCAAGGAUGGGCUUAGAAGCCUCCAGCUCCAUGGGCCCCGGACCCCAGAGGACACCAAACCCCCGGUUGUGGAAGCAACGCCACGCCCCCUAUCAAAAGUUGACCCUAUUGGAUCGACUAGUCGGGUCUCAUUCUGGCCUGAAUCAUCCAAGGGGCUCCCCACCUUUGCCCAGCCCACUCCGGUACAAGCAGUGCCCCCGCGAGUCUCAUCUCCCCCUCCAUCUCCGCGUCUCCAAUCCCCCAUCGGAGCACCUGCCCCUCCACCUCCGGCUCCAGUCACCGCCUAUCCCACUUUGGUCAAGGUUGACCACCCCAACGCCUACACAGGCAAAAUAGGGAGCGAAGCAAAGCAGUGGCUGACCCGGAUGUUAGCCUGGACCCGCCUCAAUUCCCGCAUGUUCCCCACAGACCAAGAGGUCUUAUCAUUCCUUCUCAUGAACAUGAAGGAUUCCGCGGGAGCAUGGGCCCAUCCACACCUCAACCAGCUUGGGUCACACCAAGCCAUCAUCCAAACGGUCAAAGGGUUCAAACUGGAGUUCCUGGCAGCAUUUGGCGACCCUGAUGCCACAAGGGCCACCGAGCGGAAGAUAACCUCCCUUACCCAAUCCGGCACAUGCGCGGAUUAUAUUACAAAGUUCAGAACCCUAGCCAUGGAACUGGACUGGAACAACGCGGCCCUUAGAGGCCAGUUUGCCCGUGGCCUCCACUGGGAGGUCAGCCGCCAGAUUGCAACCCGCAAACACCGGCCCCGUACACUUCUCGAGCUGCAGAACGCAGCACUCGUCAUCAACAACGCUCUCCGCGAAGAGCGUGCUAGCCAUCCACCAAGGGAUAAUAAGCCUAGCAGACCAUCCAACCCUGCAAGGGGGACAAGUACCGGCCAAGUCACAACCGGUUCAAAGAAACUCUCCAACGAUCCCAACUUUGUGUUGGAAGAGGAACGAAACCGCCGCCGCGCCGCAGGCGCCUGCAUCAAGUGCGGCAAGAUGGGCCACAAGUUUGCGGAAUGCCGCACGGGCUGGAAAGCCAUCCCUAUUGAGGACAAGGGGAAGGCUAAGGAAGCCGCCAAGAUUGGCAAAGACUCCGAGUACCAAUCGGGAAAAGAGUAA